ACACAAAUAGGUUGGAUGAAAACAGACAAGGGGAAAGAGGGGCGAGGAGGGUAAAAAAAAAAAAAAAAGAGAGCCAACGCUGAGAAAUCCAGCCUGUCUCCGUCUGUGACCAUUUUCUUCAAUCCUAAUUUGAUUUGUGGACUCUGAAGCCGGAGAGAGAGAAAGGGGGGGGGGCAGAGCAGCACCCGUCCCUUCCACCCCCACUUCGCCUGAGCCAUAGGAAAAGGCUUAGACAGACACACACACACACACAUACACACACACGGACGAAAAGCAGCACACAGGGCUAGGCCACAAGUCAUUAGUUCUUGGUGGGCAAGCACUGACAAAAGGCUGGAGGAGAGAAGACCGCAUGAGUGCCUGGAGAGCGACCACAGGAACUAUGGAGGGCUGAGCACACGGAUGCUCUCCUGCUUUCUUGAUUUUUUGUUUUUUGUUUUUGUUUCGGGAAGGAAGCAGCACGCAGGAUAUCGUCACAACCGAGCACUCGUGCUACAACAAACAGGGAAGAGAGAGAGAGAGAGAGAGAUCACUUCCUCGUGUUGAGGAUCUACUCGUGUUUGUGUAUUUUGGAGGGGAGCGCAGGCGGUCCACGUCGCCUCGUCUGCUGCCUCCGCAGCCCGGCGGUGCCUCGAAGAAAGAAGCCCCCCACGGCCACGUAAAAGUGAUGCUGUUGUUGUGUGGACGUCAACUUGUUUCGGCACGAUGUGGAAUGUCUUCAUUGUGGGUCAAAAUGCUGCAGCAGCCGCUGAGAGGAUUACAGCAGAAUAGGAGAGCUGUGUCUGCACUCUCAGCCUCGCUGGAUGGAAGGAAGGUCUAGAGCUAGAAAAAGGAUUUAUUUUCCAGUGAGGGAAGCCAUAGACACAGCACAUUUAACACUGAGGUUCCCUGGCUGAAACGUGAGGCGCAGGCUCCCCUUUAUCCAUCUCAGGAAUCGCUCCAAAUAAAAAGGACACAAAAAAUAAUAAUAACAACAACACAAGGAGACUACGAGUUGGAGAAGAGAAGAAAGGGGGGUGGGAAUUGAAAUCCACAGGCAUGCAAAACUAAAAAGUUGCCACUGAGACUGUUUCCAGGUCAUAGUGGAGUGGGAGGAGACUGAACUGCUCUUGUUUUUUUCUGCACAAACACCCUCCUCCUCGAUGCUGUAGCCUAUUUUUCGUUCUCAUUGACAUCUGCUUGUUUAGCCUGAGGACUUUUUAUUUUCUCAGUUGUGCUAUUAUAUGCUCUAAAAUAAUCCAAGGGUCCUUUUUAACACAUGAGAGCACAGGCAAGCAGAAACUACUAAUUCUCUCCAGGCAGGGAGAAACACUCUAUAGACUUUCAUUUUUAUUUUUUAUAUAUAUAUAUAUAUAUAUAUUUAUGUUACCUUGACAGCAGCCAGACAUCUUGGCUGCCUGUCCAGUUUUCUUCUGCCGUGGUUCGGUAACCAAGCGAUGGCCAUGGUGAGUGGGGGCUGGGGAGAUCCCAAUGGGGGCACCAACGGGCUGGGGGACAAGAGCUACCUGAGGGGGGAGGAGGAAGACGGCUCUCCCCAGGCGGGAGGCAGCGACAUGGAGGCCGGAGACGAUGACAAGUCGUGCGUGGUGGACUGCGUGGUGUGCGGGGACAAGUCCAGCGGGAAACAUUACGGCGUGUUCACGUGCGAGGGCUGCAAGAGCUUCUUCAAAAGGAGCGUCAGACGCAACCUCAGCUACACUUGCAGGUCAAACAGAGAGUGCCAGAUUGACCAGCACCACAGGAACCAGUGCCAGUACUGUCGACUGAAGAAGUGUUUCCGUGUUGGCAUGCGCAAAGAAGCAGUUCAACGCGGUCGUAUCCCCCCUCAGCCGAGCCUCAGCCCCUCUAUAACGCCCAUAGGUGGCGCGAGCGGCCUCGGAGGCGGCGACUUCUAUAACAACAACAACAACAACGGGGGAAGUGGCGGAGGUCAGCCGGUGUCCGAGCUGAUUUCCCAGCUGCUGCGAGCCGAACCGUACCCCAGCAGUCGGUUUGGACACCAGUACAACCAACAGGCGGGCCCCGAUAACGCCAUGGGGAUCGAUAACAUCUGUGAACUGGCUGCCAGGCUACUCUUCAGCACCGUGGAGUGGGCCAGAAGCAUCCCCUAUUUCCCUGAGCUGCCUGUGUCAGACCAGGUGGCCCUGCUGAGGCUGAGCUGGAGCGAGUUGUUCAUCCUCAACGCGGCGCAGUCGGCCCUGCCGCUCCACAUGGCUCCCCUGUUGGCCGCGGCCGGCUUCCACUCCUCGCCCAUGUCUGCGGAGCGCGUGGUGUCCUUCAUGGACCAGGUGAGGGUGUUUCAGGACCAGGUGGACAAGCUGACCCGGCUGCAGGUGGACUCGGCUGAGUACAGCUGUCUCAAGGCCAUCGCGCUGUUCUCACCAGACGCCUGUGGUCUAACAGACCCAGUCCACGUGGAGUCUCUGCAGGAGAAGGCUCAGGUGGCUCUGACAGAGUACGAGAGGAUGCAGUACCCAAGUCAGCCUCAGCGCUUCGGGCGCCUGCUCCUGCGCCUCCCCGCCCUGCGCGCCGUUCCCGCCAGCCUCAUCUCGCAGCUCUUUUUCAUGCGCCUGGUAGGAAAGACACCCAUCGAGACGCUGAUCCGUGACAUGCAGCUCUCCGGAAGCUCCAUCAGCUGGCCGUAUGUCCCGGGACAGUAGCCCCUUUAGGGACGAGGUCUCCGUUUGGGGAUUUGUGACGACAAGGACCCACAGGAAACCUCCUGACUCAUCACUAUCCAUCUGUGUGGUUGUCAAACUGCAGUGCCAGCUGGCCGUCAUAUGUACUGUACUGUAAGCGCUCUAUUUCCCCUCAUGAAACGAGCUCUCUGUCUCCACACGGGCCUCCAGUGGAGAGACGAGCUAGCGCCAGGCUGGAUCUGUCUUGUUGCCAACCCAGUCGUUCUGGUGCCAGGUCUCAGGCCAGAGACCAGCUUUUCAUGCUGGGCUACGAUAUGGCCACCACAGCCAGUCUUGUCACCACCAACAUGCCAUAUUGACUAAAGACGCUGCAGUUUCAUGUAGAGGGCAGCAGCACCCUGCUACAAAUACAUCCAGAGGACAAAACUGGCCCACGGCUGAAAGUCGGCAGAACAAUUUUCCCCCACACUGGGUUCAUUUUCCAUGGCUCACCAUUUGUGAUACAGUGACCUUUUUAUCCACACAACUGAUAACAUUACAUUACGGUAUCAUGAUGAGAAAGGACCGAAUGGAACAGCGGUGAACUCAAUAUAAGAGAAAGUAAAGGCCUCGUUGUUGAAGAGAAACUUGUGAAUUCACUGCUCUCUCAGCUCGACGCUGAGGAUGAAGCCAACGAGCUGAUCAAAUGGAACAGAAAGAAAAUAAAACCAAGGAAAAAAAAUCACCAAAGUUUAACAUAUCAUCCUCAGAGAUGGUUUCUAAAUAGAAUAAUUAGUACACAAAGCAGAGAGAAAGAGAUGAACGGACUCUUGUGACUGCCUGACCAUCAAAGUGAACGAUGCAUUUACAUUCAUUCACUACACUGUUACUGUAGUUGAAGAGUUUUCACAGAGAAAAAAAAGCCACAGUUACAUGAGAGUGGACUAAUACCUCGCGAGACAUCAGAAUGCUUCAGUCUGAUAUUUCCAAAACACAAACCUCUGUAAAUGUUGUUCACCAGAAACCGCCUUCUUUUUUGACAAUUGCCUUGUUAUUCAUUAUAAAUUUGGGACACAUAUGAAAUAUGAAAUGGGCAUCGCAAACAUUCGUCUUGUAUCUUUUUAAAAAGGAUCCCCCAAGUGAUUUUCACUUGUGUUUCGGAUAUGAGUUAUGACUGACUGAAUAAGGUGAAUUCAGCUAUUAGACACUGUUUGGAUCGAGCUUUUUUUAAUUAUUAUUAAUAUUAUUAUUAUUAUUAUUAUUAUUAAUGACAUUCACUUGGGUUCUCGUAAAACAAACAACUCAAGAUUCAAGAAUUAGUCAUAGUUGGUGGGGAGAGAAUUUAUAACCAACACUACUAAUUAAAUACCAGUUUACGUCAAUCAAUGCUGUUUCUGGGGUUAAUGAUCCCUUUUACAAAAAAAAAAAACGUAUUGAAAUGUAUAUAUUGAGGCCAGCUUUGUCUUUUUGCAUGUUCAAAUGUUGUUUUGGAUCUCUGCUAAGUGGAGACUGUUUAAUUCUUUUACGUUAUGUAACUCAAGGUUCAUUUAAACAUUAAAGUAUUGCUUUCACUGUUAGCUCCUAGAUGUUUUUUUUCUAUAUGUAUUUACAUGAAAAUACCUCUGUCAUCUGUUUAAAUGUCAAAACAGCAAGCUUAUCUUCAUGCCAUUACAGCUGAUAUGACACAGAGAUGCUCUUGAGUCAGUCUCUACUGUUGUGAAUGACGUGAGACGAUACUGUAUAGGAUGGAAAUCCGGUGGGAAAAAAAACUGCACUUGGGAGGACGUUCGAUGCCAAAACAUCUCGCUAUCUGUGACAAGUUAAAAGAAGACGGGCCCUGAUUCGCUGGUCCACCAGGAUUUACCUCGCACUGGUAUUUCAAAAGGGCGAGUUUACAAGAUCACAAGUCAAAUAUUUGAAAGAAAAGAACAAGGUUAACCCUAAAUGCUGAAGUCGGUUGUAUUUAGUUUUCAAACACAAAAGUAGAAGGAUGUAACUCUGCUUCUUGAUCUACCGCAGGGCCUUUUUGAAAGUUGUUUGGCUAUUCUUCUUUUAGGCAACAGCUCACACGACCACAUCAUCGAAAAAACAAAACAAAAACAUAAAUAUGAUAUUAAUGUUUUCUUAUCUUUGUGUUACUGAGUUCUUACGUUUUUAAAAUGUCACAUGUAUGGCAACAUUAUUAAAAGAAUCAAAAGUUGACGGUGUGUCUUUUGUUAUGUUUUGUGUUUUUUCAAACUACUUGAAAAUGUGUUGUAAUUACAUCUGUAUGAAGAAUGCCAAAUAAACACUGCAACAUGUAC